AUGAUUGUAGGUCCCAUAAAAGCACUUUUUAUGGAUGAAAUAUCAACUGGCUUAGACAGCUCCACUACUUUUCAAAUAGUUACAUGUCUCCAGCAAUUGGUGCACAUCAAUGAUGCAACAGCAGUGCUUUCACUCCUCCAACCAGCACCAGAAACCUUUGAGUUGUUUGAUGAUCUUAUAUUGAUGGCAGAGGGGAAGAUAGUAUACCAUGGCCCCUGCAGUCAAGCACUCCAGUUCUUUAAGGAUUGCAGUUUCUGGUGCCCUGAAAGAAAAGGAGUGGCAGACUUUCUUCAAGAGGUAACCUCUAAGAAGGAUCAAAGGCAAUACUGGUACCGCACGGAUAUUCCUUACAGUUAUGUUUCAGUGGAUGAGUUCUCUCAAAUUUUCAAAACAAGCUACUAG